AUGCCCAACGAAACUUCAGAAGAACUUGUCCAGAAGCUGGUGGAAUCUUUCCGCUCGCUUCUGGAUGAGGCCCUCGUAGUCGCUAUUGCGAGCGAUCACGAUCUCAAGCAACAAACCCAAUAUGAAGCGGCCAAGGCUAUCCUUGAUGGCCUCGCUCAAGAUGUCACUGCCGAGGAAGCAACUGGAUUUAACCCCAGCGGUAUCUCUGGUGUGGCCGAAGACCCAAAUGAAGAAACAAGCACCACCGAGACAGGCAGCCAGCAAGCCUCUCGCGCAAGAGAUACCGACACUUCUGUCAGCGACAUUACUUCGUCAACUGCAAGCACGGCGUACUCCAUCCCGCGGCUCACGUCUUUUAAUGACGACAGCGAAGAGAGCAAGGUGCUCCUCCUUCAGGGCAUGUUCUCCGAGCUCAAGGAAUUCGACAUCAAGCAUUCCUUGAAAAAGGCAAAUGGAGACUUCCAGACCGCACUUGACGAUCUCCUCAACAUUCAGUACCUCAAGUCAACAGGCCAAGAGCAGAAAGGAGUCGAUGGCUUCUUCCAGCCUGAGGCGAGUGUCGGGAAGAAGAAGAAGAACAGAAAGAAGGGAAAGAAACCUUCGGUCGACGAUACGCCGUCGUCUAGCAGUGGAACUAGCACACCUGGAGACUUGAAGGAGAUGAAACGCCAAGAUGAGAUUGCGUAUCUUGCAGAUAGGCUCGAUCUGCCAUUCGGCUUCGUCUCUGGCAUCUUCUACAACAAGCGCUGUGCCAGCGGCGCAACAGCAGUUGAGAUCCUGGAUCAGUACAUCGCUCAAGGUAUCGAGACCCAGGACGAAGCGGCAAAGAAGUACGCCCAGGAACUCGCUCAAAAAUACCGCAACGUUCCUGAAAAGUACAUGUCGACCAUCGUUCAGGUUACUGGUUCCAUCUCGCAGGAGUCGGACGACAUUGCCGCCCUGCUGAGCAAGCACUUUACAAAGAACCCUUGGACGCAGAAGCUCGAUCUGAACUACCCCCUCACGCCACUCCCGCAAGAGGAAAUCGAUGGUUUCGAAACUGUUACAUCUGGAAAGGCCAAAGUGACGAAGCCAUUGGCCCCCAGACUAGGCAGCCCUUUUGACCCCUCCGCGUACACGCAAGCUGCGGAGAAGGCUAGCCAGUAUAAUCGGGCCAAGCGUGAGGCAGCAGCUUCUGCUGCACAGCUCAGCAGGCGAGGCGCCUCGAAUCCUCUCUACCGACAAGCCGCUGGCUACUACGCAGAGGUUGCAAGGGAGCAGGGCCGCUAUGCAGCGCAGGCCACCUCGACUGCCGCCGAUCUCCUGGUUGAGAAGCAGAGCACAGCCAGCUCGAUCGACUUGCACGGCGUCUACGUGCAGGAUGGUGUGCGCAUCGCCCGCCAGAGGACGCAGGCCUGGUGGUCUGCUCUAGGCGAGUUUAGGUCUGAAAAGGCGCGGCAGCAGCCAUUUACUGUCAUCACUGGACUCGGUCGCCAUAGUGCUGGUGGUGUGUCACAGUUGAGACAGGCUGUGGCUGCAGCUCUGCUUCAGGACGGAUGGAAGAUGCAGGUCGAGACCGGGCGCUUCGUGAUCAAGGGUCGACGAUAA